CGCCGCACGCUGCUUCUCCCCAGGCCGCGAGUCGCAGAAAUGCCAUCUAGAGCCGUGCAGCGGGAGACCGUGUGCUCUGACGCGCAGUUGGAGCCAGAUUGCGGUGCGUACGCUGCUCCCAGCCACGGGCUGGGACUUUCCCACGCUUACAGCGGCGGUACCGACUUGCCCAGGGCCAUGGACGGGGGCUCCAGCGAGGACGAGGAGCCAGUCGGGCGGUGGGACGCCAGGACCCACCGCGGCCGCUCGCGGUACGGCGACACGUGGCUCCUCACCUCCGUGGCUCGCAGCGGCGGAGUGGCGAGUCGCAGGGAGGGAGGGUCCCGGGCCACGGACCACGGUGCACAGAUAGACAUGGGCCAGGCGAGUCACGACAAGUCAUCCAUGAGCUCCUAUCUUGGCAAAAGAAACAUCUACACAGACUCCGUGCUCAUGUCGGGGACUCUGGGCAGGAGCAGCUCCGUGCGUGAGCGUGCGCAGAAGUUCCAGGCGAACGAAUCAUUGCCCUUCCAGUUUGGCACUGACUACACUCUGGAGCACAAGGAGCGACUGGGCCUGGCUCGAUCCCAAUCGCAGAAGAUCGCACCGAGCGGCUCAGAGCACCGAGCAACUCCAAACUGGUUGAGAGGCAACAGGAAAUCAUCACCACCACAAUCCUCAUACAAAGACAGACAGAAAUCAUCACCAUCGUUAUCAUCAAACAGAAAUAUCCAGAAUUCAUCACCACCACCACCAUCCUCAAAUAGAGACAGCCGGAACUCAUCACCACCACCAUCCUCAAAUAGAGACAGCCGGAACUCAUCACCACCACGGUCCUCAUCCAAAGACAACCGGAAAUCAUCACCACCACCAUCCUCAUACGAAGACAGCCGGAAGUCAUCACCACCAUCCUCAUACAAAGGCAGCCGGAAAUCAUCACCACCAUCCUCAUACGAAGACAGCUGGAAAUCAUCACCACCACCAUCCUCAAAUAGAGACAGCCGGAACUCAUCAUCACCACCAUCCUCAUACAGAGAAAGCCAGAAAUCAUCAUCACCACCAUCCUCAAAUAGAGACAGCCGGAACUCAUCAUCACCACCAUCCUCAUACAGAGAAAGCCAGAAAUCAUCAUCACCACCAUCCUCAAAUAGAGACAGCCGGAACUCAUCAUCACCACCAUCCUCAUACAGAGAAAGCCAGAAAUCAUCAUCACCACCAUCCUCAAAUAGAGACAGCCGGAACUCAUCACCACCACCAUCCUCAUACAGAGACAGCCAGAAAUCAUCAUCACCAUCCUCAUACGAAGACAGCCAGAAGUCAUCACCACCAUCCUCAUACAGAGACAGUCAGAUCUCAUCACCACCAUCCUCAUACAGAGACAGCCAGAAAUCACCACCACCAUCCUCAUUGAAGGAGGACCGGAAAUCAUCUCCGCCAUCAUCGUUCAGAGCGACUUGGAAGCCUUCACCACCGCUCUCGAAAGCGAGCCACAAAUCAUCUCUACCUCCCUCCAGAGAGACCACCAAGUCAUCGCUCCUCUCCAGUGACCAAUGGAAAUCCUCAACCCACGGUGCUUUGCUGCCGCAACCCCAGAAUACAUUGCAGUCGUCCGGCGGCGGCGGUUUCCAGCAGGUACAAAGUGAAUUGCAGCCGCAUCCGGAUGGGGAUGCCGGUGCACGUCAGCAUUGGCAGACCAGGGCCUCUGCCCAGCUGCCACAGGAGGGCGCUUGUGUGGGAGUGCUCGGCGAGAGGCUGUCGCUCGGGGAGAUGGAAACGCAGAAGCUAGAGCCGCCCACCGCUGACCUCUCGCAAAGCCCGCGGAGGGGGUUUAAAGUUCGCCUGGCCCCGGAUGAGGGCGAGACCGAAACCCGGACGCGGCCCCCCGCUUGCGGCACGCGGCCCGGAGACGCGCGCUCCGCUGUUCGUCCGGCACCGGCCACUACCCCGAUCGGAUCGGGGUACGUGGAGGAGGCACGAUGCGUGCGCCCUUCCGAGCUCGCCAUCGCGCGCGGCGCGAGCGGUAGAGACGCGGGCGGCGCCGCCCAGUCCGCCCGCGACGCCACCGCCGCGCACUCCGCUCGCGCGGUCUUCCACGGGUUUUACAGUGAGCAUUUAGGGAACGGUACGACCGCGCGCGGCGUCCGAGACGUCUCCCCGACCUUCACCGUGGACGACCUGCUCUCCUCGUCGCUGCUGCAUGGCAUCCAAGGUGCCAGCUCUCCCAGCCGGGAGGCGGCCGUCGUCGCCGCGGAGGCCGUCGGAGACUCCGCGACGGCGACGGCCGUCCCGGUGCCGAGACCGUUGACGCGGAACUCCUCAGUGAGGGGCAGCCGCGUGUGGGGCGACCGUGGAGCGGACUCGCCCUGCAGGAAGAGGCUCGAGUUUUCGACGGCGCUGAGGAGGAGUGCGUCCCAGUACGCGCUGCGCAAGGAGAAGGAGGGCGAGGCCUCCGACGCCGCCACCCUGCGCCGGCCCGUCUCGCUCCACGCGAUGGAGAAGCUGAGCGACGGCGACUCACUCUACGCAUCCGGCAAGCCCCACGCCCGGCCCGACGGGGCCCUCGGCCACGGCAAGGCCACCUUCGGCCUGGCCGCACCCGGCGGCGGCACGAGCAGCCACGACGUGCAGCGUGGGGUCGCCGCCGCCGCCGCCGGCGGCCUAGACGGCUCGAGCGGCGAUCGCAUUGCUGCACCGCCAGAGUCGGCUUCCCCGCGCCGAGGGGAAGUGGGGACAACCGCGCCGAGCAGACGGCAGCCACCAUUCAUUGUGCCACCCGUCACGGGGCCACCGGGAGGCGCGCCGCCGGCCGACGCGCCACCGGCCAGUGCGCCGCCAGAUGCCGCCAACUCGGCCAACUUUUUCCGCCGGAAAGGAGGGCCCCGGAUAAUUCGCAUUUGCAGGCCCAAGUCGUGGUGCUCCUUCCUCACCGAGACACAGAUGGAGAAAGCGAAGGAGGCGGAGGAGGAGAAUGCGGAGGAGAAGGAGGAGGCUGAGCUGGUGUCGGCGCAGCCGCAGGGCUCCGUCCCCAAACGCUGCAUCUACCUGGAUGUGAAAGCGACGAGAGGCCGUACGGACAACGCUGAUGACACUGAGGGUAGCGAUCCCGGGCGGUCGGAGCCUCCCGACAAGGUGGAGCGUCCUCCUCAUCGUGCUGUGGAGGAGGACGACGACACGGAGGAGCCGAGUGAUGCACGGGACGGCGAGAGGACCUGGGCCCUGGGUAUGAAUAUGACGAACUUGGAUCGCACCGGCACUUCGCACCUGAGCCGGCGUAAGGCGAUUUACUUGCGGCGAAAGCUGCCAAAGCGACGACAGCAGGCGGUACCAGCCGCCGACACCGGCGACGGCAUGGACGGUGCCAGCAGGUCUGACGGUGUCGCUCGAAGCGACGAGACGAUCUUCCAGCACCAGCGAGGAGGUGGCGGUGUGCGCCGGUGGGAGUCCCGACCGGCGAGAGAUUCGUGGGCCAACGACGGGGUGGACGGAGGCCGAGAUGGCGACGCCGCGGGAGCUCGCGACGAACGGGCGGGGAAGGGGGAGGAGGACGAGGGCACGGCCGACCCCGCCGACGGACGGGAGGCCGCGCUUGGGACGAAGAAGGACGACCCCCCCGCUCCCGGAGAGGAUCCCGUUCACCCAGCGGUGACGGCGGUGGCGCAGGGCGACGCCGGGGCAGACGAGGCUGACGGCGCGAUGUUGACGAGGCCCCGGUCUCCCGACGGGGGCGAUGCCACCGCCGCCUCCGCCGCCGCCGCUACGGAGGUGAAUGGGCGUGGUGAGACUCCCGACGCAGGCUCUACCGUGCAGCUGGAGCUGGGAGACAUCGAGGACGAGGAGGUGCUGGAUAAGAUGUUGAACGAGGAGCGCGACGCCGACGUCCGCAGCCGGAUUCGCGCCGCCCGGCGGGAGCUGCGGAAGAAGAAACGAGGCUGCGAUGUUCCUGACUCGGAGGAGGAGGAGGGGGAGAGUGAAGAGCAAAUACAGAAGGGGACGGCGCGGCCGCCGGGUUCGGCGAUCGUAGCGAAGACGCCGGAGGCACGGGGGGGGAAGCGGGACGGCGCUGCCCCGGGUACCGGCGGGCAGGGGGUGGCACGCAGCCCCGCCGCCACGUCCGGGCGCAGCAGCAGCAGCGCCGCCACGACCUCCACGGCCGGCACCACUGCGGCAGACAAGGCCAAGGCCGCCCUGAACGGCGCCACAACGGUGCAGACCGCACGGACGCCACCGACGGGCCAGACGGCGCGCAUCCAGCCCACCCCGCCCAGCUCCGGGCCCCGCGUGGGGAGCAUCUUCGACCGCGAGGACUCGUCGCCGGUGGCCCACGCCGGAAUCCGGAGCCGCGAGGCCACGCCGCGGGGUCUCGCGGGGUCGCGCGGAUCCGGGGGGUCGCAGGCUCCGAGCCGCCGAGCCAUCGUGGAGCGACUGGAGCGGCAGAGCGGCGGGCAGCAGAAGACGGCGUCGCCGGUCAAGCUGCAGAGGGCCGGGAGCUUUGGGGCCACGACCAUCAAGCAGAUGCUGCUGGAGUGGUGCCGCGCCAAGACUCGCGGAUACGAGCAUGUGGACAUCCAGAACUUCUCGACGAGCUGGAGCGACGGGCUGGCCUUCUGCGCCCUCAUCCACCACUUCUUCCCGGAGGCCUUCGACUUCUCCGAGCUGGAACCGCGCAACCGCCGGCACAACUUUGACCUGGCGUUCACCACCGCCGAGAAGCUGGCGGCGUGCGACCCCCUGCUGGAGGUGGACGACAUGCUGAGGAUGGGGCCGCGACCCGACCCCAAGUGCGUGUUCACCUACGUGCAGUGGCUCUGCCAGCACCUCAAGAAGGUGCAGGCGGCGAGGGGCGCCGCCGCCGCCACCGACGUCACGGCCCCCGCCGCUGGUGCCCCCCACCCCCCCGCUACCUCCAAGUCACUCUAAGCCAGGUCACUCUUAGCCAGGUCACUCUUAAGCCAAAGCACUGAAGCCAAAAGCCAUCCUAGUUACGGUACCGCAGUGUUGUUGUUGUGCGUACACGCAGCCAUAUGCUUGGUAUGAUGCUACGAUCGUCAUUCUCACCCAAAAGUGGUGCUCCACUUUGCGAGCCGCUCCUCGUCCCGGCCGCAUGAAGGACCUGGCAGCACAGCUCUGGCACCGCUGCCUCCUGCGGCUGCAGCUGCUGCUGUCGCCAGUUGGCCGUGAGUGAGCAAUCGGGCGCCACCGUGACUUGAUUCCUGGAUGGGCGACGCCACUCAGGGAGAGUUUGGGGUUCCGGUUCCCGGCCGUAGGGCCUCCGGCGACCACGAGAGCCCUCGCGCCGCCCCACGGUCUCUCCACCCCGCGCCUCUCGUGCCAAGUGAGCGGCCGCGGCGGCUACGAGGGGCAUCCUGACCUCUCGCUCGGUGACCCCGUGGGGCCCUCGGUGACACCAGGAUCUCGGUGGGCGUAGUUGCGGUUUCACGGUGUCUUAACGCACAUGCACACGGCGCUUGCAAGGGGCGUCACACUCCGUGUGCGUGCGUGUGUGUGUAUAUAUAUAAAUGUGUGUGCAUAGCUCACGUUGACACGUAUAUGCGUGCGGGCGGCGUUUGGGCGGUGGUGCUGCCCGCGCCGCCCGCUGGGUUGUAUAUCCUGCACCGACUCACGCUCGCUUUGCUAAGUUAUCGUCGUGACGGAUGUCGCACUCCCCCCGCGGGGCUUGGCGACCGUGCCGGGGGGCGGCUUCCGCCGGGGAGACUUUGGGGCCGCAUCUCGGCGAACGUUCACCUCUCGUCCGCUUGUUGCCGAAAAUGCACCGGCGGCUCCGCCGUGGACUGCGCGCACCGCUGCGUUUUGGCCGUUAGGUGGAGAUGUGAAGCUGGCGAUGAAACGGAGGCGGGGAGACGCGCGCGGCGUGGAGGGAGGCGCACGCGACGACGUUGGCCUCGUUCCGGCAUGGCCGUGAAGGGGCAGAAUCGUGACCGGGGUGUCUCUCUGACUCAGAUCCCGCCCAUUCACCUGUCCUGAUGCCCCUCAAUAAUCGCAUCUUGGACCUGCCCCAGUCUCCACUUCUGACUCCAAGCCCAACCUACACUCUGACCCCAGUCCUGACCCCGAUCAUAUCCCCGAAUGCUGGCCCUGACCUCAGCCCUAACUCUGAUCCCAUUCUCGAUCCUGAUCCCAUCCUCGAUCCUGAUCCGAUGCCCGCUAACCACACCCUUAAUCCCGAUCCCGUCUGUGACCCCGAGUUCACCCCGGCCUCCGGUUCCGCCCGCGUCUCCUCGCCUCGCCGCUGUUUCCCGCGCCUCCGGCAGAGGGCGCUGCGCCCCGCCUCUCCGUGUCUCUCCCAUGUCCCCGCGUGUCUCUCCCGUGUCUCUCCCGUGUCCCCCGCGUGUCCCCCGCGUGUCCCCCGUGUGUCCCCGUGUCUCCGCGCGCAAUAAAACCCACUCCUCGCGGAGGCUAUCACGGGACCGGGCUUGACUGA